GUUUUUCCCGCGUAAAUUUGAAAAAAGCCCUAGAGUGGAAGAAUGAGGGUCACAGCAGCGAUGGAUUCUUCGCCCGAAGCGCUGCUCGUCCGGAUCUUCAACGAGUGCCAGCAGGCGCACGCAUCGCAUCGGCGGCAUCUCAAGGAUCUUGUCAAAUCCAGGCGCCAGCAAGACCAGCAAGAGUUCGCAGGGCUUUUCAAGAGGUUUGUGACCCCGAUCUUCGAUGUCAUGAAGAAGGAGCCAGCAGUAGAGCGGAUUGUCAAGUUUGUGGCCAGCGUAGUCUCGUUUAGGGACGAGAAUGCGGCGGAGUGUGAUGCGUUUCUGGAGGAUUUCGUAGACUUCCUUCUCUCUGCGGUUGAUUCUUCCAACAAGAGCGUCCGAUAUCGUAGCUGCCAAAUUCUUUCUGAGGUGAUCAUGAUGUUGGGAGAGGACACUGAAGUAAAUGCGGAGCUCUGGGAUGAGAUGACUGCUGCCAUGGAACGAAGAAUCCAGGAUAAAAUUGCCGGCAUCAGAGUUUUUGCUGCUCGUUCUCUGGGUCGUUUAUUUUCCGAUGACAAAGACAAUUCGCAGUACCGACUUUCCUUACAAUUUGAUCCUAGUCCCGACGUGAGAAAAGCAGCUCUCUUGGCCAUUCCGGUCUUAAAUGCAACGAUCUCGGAUAUUGUUAGCAGAACGGGCGAUGUGAGCGCAGCGGUUCGGAAAGCAGCGUGUUCAGUCAUAAGAGACAUUCCCAUACAGAGUCUGAGUAUUCGCCAGCGGGCGCUUGUGCUUCAGCGUGGACUGCUGGACAGGGAGUCCACAGUGCAAGUCGAGUGUAGGAGCUUGUUGAAAGAUGGAUGGCUCACGAGAGAUUGCCAGAAGGAUCCCUUGAUCCUUCUUAAGCUCCUUGACGUUGAAACAAAUGAGAAAGCGGGAGAGCUUGUGAUGCAACAACUUUUGACAGAAGACUGCAUGGUGGUGGACAACAGUAAAAGCCUUAGAGACUACUUAGAUCAUGAUGGCACCAAUGAAGGAAAGAUUCGGUUCAUGGAACCUGAAGAAGCGCUGUAUUGGAGAACGCUAUGUGCACACCUACACACGGAGGCUCAGGCGAAGAGCUCGGACGCGGCAAAAUCUCGAGGGGCUCAAGCUGACGUUCUUGAAGCCGUUGCGGCUGAUAAAGCUCAGUUGCUGGACUCGAUACUACCGGCAACGGUUGCAGAAUUUGUUACGCUGGUCGAGGCACAUCAUACCGCAGGAUCAAGUCAAUCGUUUGUGUCUCGCCAACUCCUCCUGCUAGCCAACGUGCUUGACUUUUCGGACAUGGCAAGCAGAAAAUGCGCCGCGGCUUCGAUAAAUAAUUUUCUUUACCAGUGGACAAGUCCUGAUCGCGGUCCCGAAAUGACUGGAGAUGGAAUCUAUCUGGGAGGGGGGAAGGAAUGGUCCGACGCAUUUGUGCAGCUUGCCAAGAAAGUUCAUGCAACCCCAGAUGCUUUUGAGGAGGCGAUGGCUCAAGUUGCACUGGACUUGGGAAAAGUUUGCAGAGAAGGAGGGGCCGGUGCUCUUCAAUGGCUUCAAUGUUUGGCAACAACCGGCAUUUUACUGGAAAACCUGAGAUCAAUACGCCAGUUCCCUGCUCAUGUAAUGGAAACACAAGAGAUGGUUGACGGAUUACUCAUCCCUGCGGCCAACCACUUGGUGGCGGACGUUCGACGAGCAGGCGUCAGAUGCUUGUCCCUGUACUGUUUGUCCGAAGAGCAUCCAAGCGUGCGGGUUAUCCGCCAACUUGAAGAAGCUCUUGUCAAGAGUUCUGGUGCUGAGAAGAUCAUGGCCAUCAAAGGCAUGUUCGACCUUUUGAUGUCCCAUGGUGCUGGGUUAAUGGACAGUCAGCGGGCAUCUCAUUCUCCUGGGCAGAUGCAGCUGCCUCUUCUGCAGCUGCUAGCAGAUAUUCUGAGCGACCAACACGAUAUUUAUGUUCAGGAGGACAUAGGGGAAACAGAGUCCGCAAGAAGUGUUGCAGCCGAAGGUUUUGCAAAGUUGCUAUUGCAUAGUAAGCGAUUUCCGGAGCUGGGCCUUGUCCGGAGCAGGGUUCUAUGUGACUUAUUUCGCAUGUACUUCGACGAAGACACGAAAAGCAUCCCGAGGUUGGGACAAUGUCUUUCUGUUUUCUUUCACAACUACGCGUCGGCUACACCAGAACAUAAGCGGUGCAUCGCUGAGGUUUUCGUCCCUGUGUUGCGUAAAGAAUGGCCUGGUCUUACUGGAAGUGCAUGCAACUCACAUAUCGCCGCGAUCAGGAAAAAAAAUGCGUCUCAAUUGUCGCGGUUUAUGCUUGAGCUCCUGAAGCACCCAUUGUUCUCGCACCAAAACCCCGAUGAGUCCGCUGACUUCGCAAUCCUUGCAAUCGAUCUAGCUCGUGAGAUAAUGCGGUUUUCAUCGAGAAAAACACUAGCUGUUAAAGCUUACAAGUCCGUGCUUUGCAAGGUUCUCGUUUCAUUAAAGUUUCUGCCGUCACGACAGAAAGAGAUCAAGGUUAUGAGACCGCUCCUUUCUCUGGUCAUCGAUGAGAUGGCGGGAGAGAAGCUUCUGCUCAAGGAACUCAGGGCAAUGGCUGCAGAGCUCAAGAGCUUGGACUCGACUAAGGAUGAAACUAUUGGAAACGACGAGCUAGAGACUCUCCUAGCUUCGUUGGGAUUCCUUGCCGAAGACGCUCCGCCAGAAGCAGCUAAAACACCAGCUGGGCGAAAGCCCAAGGCACGAGCUCCGUCAGGUGUUUCUUCCGAUUCUUCCGAGAGUGGCGUCCAGACGCCACCAAAAGCCACCGCCAGCGUCGCUCGGUCGCAGCGGAAUUGCAAGACAGUGGCGAUGGAGCGAAUGCAAUCGAUCCGAGCGACCGCCAAGAGCAAGAUGAUCGAUUUCGAGUCGGAAGAGAGCGAGACAACGUCAGAGGAAGAACUUGAGUCUCCUAUAUAAGUUUGUAAGAAAGAUCCAGAGUUUAGGGUUUUUCGAAGAUCAAAAAAAUGGAGGGAUCUGGAGCU